AUGAUUUCAAGGAAGCGAUCAUAUACAUCACGUUCUCGUUCCAAGUCAUCUGGAUUCGGUUCCCCAAGACGAAAAAAUAGAUCCAGAUCCAAGGAACGCUAUGCACCUUAUUCUUCAAUGUGGGAAAGGAGUAGAGAGAGAUCCCAUUCAAAAAAAUUCGACUGUAGUCCUCGACGCUCAGUCAGCCCUGCUGAACAAAAGUCGAGGUCCUCAAGACUUAAGAAACCUGAAAUACAAUCAAGUAUAAAUCCGAUCACAGAUUUCCAGACUGGAGGUAACGUUUUACUCGACUUACUAAUUCAGGGACAGCUGUAUACAAUAAAUGCAGCCACGCUAAUGCGUCAGGCAAAGGAAAUCUCAAUUGUUAUAGAACGCACUUUUCCAGUUGAUGUGAAUUUAUCACAUUUGGAAAAGUCCGAAACAUUUGAUGUUCGGAUUAGUGAAGUGAAAAUACCACGUCGUCCGAACGAAGGUCAUAAAGCUGUUUUUGAUCUUCCUGGAAUCAAAUUUUACAACACUGUAGCUGAUGAAGCUCUCAUAUACAAACGUUUAGCAGAUACAAUUUCAUCUGCAAGUUCACGAAAAUCCAAUCAUUCGGAAACCAAACGAGAAAGUGAGUAUCAUGACAUAAGUCAUUUUACAGGUCCUGGUCGAUUUUAUGGCAGUCGUGUUGAUGAACGCUUAAUGGAUUCAAAGCGUACUUAUCCCUUGGAUCCUUCAGAAACUCCGAGAGGUCAAUCCUAUUAUCUCCAUGACGAUAGAGCAGACGAUGGAUAUGGAACGAGACGCCGAUUGAACAAUUCUCGAUCCGAUCGUUUAUAUUCUUCCAGCUAUCAACGAGAUCGUCGAUCCCGUCGCCUUUCACCCUCACCAUCCCGAUCACGCCCGUCGCGUUCCGAUUUAACAUCGAAAAAGUGGCUCCAUGAUAAGUUCGAGGAGAUAGAAAAAGACAAUUCAUCGCAAAAACCAGUCCCAAUGCCUGUCCCUGCUCCAAAACCGAUCCUAUGGUCUACUAUUGGAAAAGAAAUCAACGGCAAGAAAACUGUCUUAAGUGACGAUCAAAACUAUAGUCCAAACAGUGCCGCUAAUCAAUCUCCAAUGACUGAUAGCAAUGACAAUCGAAUCGGUUCGCCUAAGACAAAGGCACAAACAGACACGAGUAAUAUACAGGUUAACAGUAGUAAUACCAAGGUAUCCAAUAAAGAUGAUCAAUACAAUAGUGAGGUUAUUCAUUUGGAUGUGGAUCAAGUGUUUGAUGAAAGCAUGGAACAAUAAGCUUAUUUGUUUUAUUUGUACAGGAAGCAUCGCAAAUUAAGCAUUUCGUUUUGUUGUAAUCAUUUAUUGUGUCGCAUUUGAGAAUGCGUUACUUGUACAUCCAACUUGUUUAUAUAUGAGCGACUUAAAACCUUGAUUUUAAAGAAGGCAA